AUGUCGGUCCUUUUCACUAGUAUUUCCGAGGACAACCCAGUGAAGCCAGGAGAUGCGGAGGCCCUCCUUGAGCCCCUUGGGCUAACGAUAGAUCCUUCCGAAUCAAGCGAUUUUCACACCCUUCUAGCAGCCGUUCAUGACUGUGCAGAAGGCGUGGCUGCUCUUCCAGACUAUCAACCCAGCCCCGACCAAACAAAGUAUCCCCGAGAGAACGUGCGGAGACCAAGCAAAGAGGAGCAGGUCCUUGGACAAGCUUGGGCACACAAGUUCCUUAUCAGAGGAAACGAAGAAGGCGGCGUCCUUGCAGGAAAGUCUGUCAGUCUCAAAGAUGUGAUCGCUGUAGCAGGUGUGCCGCAGCUAAUGGGAAGCGACAUCAUUCCAUCGUGGACGCCAACUACCGAUGCAACGGUGGUGACACGUCUUCUAGAUGCUGGUGCUGACAUUCAUGGGACCUCGACUUGCGAAAAUUAUUGUCAUUCGACAUCCUCAUUUACCAGUGCGCAUGGUACAGUUGAAAAUCCCCAUGCCACUGGUUACUCCGCGGGUGGAAGUACUUCGGGAGGUGCAGCUCUUGUUGCGGCGGGGUUGGUAGACAUCACGAUUGGAGGUGAUCAGGGUGGAAGUAUUCGGGUUCCGGCAUCUUUCUGUGGCUGCGUUGGUCUCAAGCCAACCUACGGCCGAGUUCCAUUCACGGGCAUCAGCAGUGGCGAUGCUGUGAACGACCAUGCAGGGCCGUUGAGCAGGAGUGUACUCGAAGCGGCAAUUUGUCUUGAUGUGAUCAGUGGAUAUGACGGUAUCGAUGAUCGCUCUUUGGGGAGUGCUAAGCCAGGUUCGACUACCUUUGCUGCAAAUCUGAGCCAAGGCUCUAAGCGACUGGAAGGUGUGCGGAUUGGCAUCUUGAAAGAAGGAUUCGGGCAUAGCGCUGUCAGCUCAAGUGUCAGGCAUUCGGUUUUGACGGCAGUCAAAAGGUUUCAAGGUCUUGGCGCCACGAUAGAGGAGGUAUCCCUCCCAGAUCAUCUGCAUGGCCCAGCGGUCUGGACCAUCCAGCAAAGAAUUGCUGGCUCGCAAACGCUCCUGGGACAGAAUACCGGACGAAGAGGUCUUCACACGACUGAAAUGGAACAUGCGAGACUGCCAUGGACCGACGAUGGAUUCCAACGCGCCUUCCCGUCGACAAAGAACGUUAUUAUCAACGGGCUUUACCUGAUGUCUCGCUUCCCGGGUCUAUACGGGAAGACUACCAAUAUUGGACGACAACUGAGUGAUAAAUAUCAGGCACUGUUUGAAAAAUAUGAUGUGCUGGUGAUGCCCACCACUCCAGUCGUCGCUCCCAAGAACGGGAAACGGGGUCUUCCCUUGGAGUCGCUGAAGCCUAGCAUGGGGUUGACUAUCAACACUGCUAUCUUCAACGUGACUGGUCACCCAGCUAUAUCUAUUCCCAUUGGAUUUGCUUCAGCGCCGGGGGACGCAGAUAUCAUGCUUCCAGUCGGUAUGCAGGUCGUGGGCGGCUUGUGGCAAGAAGAGAAGAUUCUGCGAGUUGCCCAUGCAUGGGAGAGCAACUUCGAUUGGAAGAAAAUGCUUUUUUCUACAAAUGAGAAUUAG